AUGUGUGACGGAGGGUCGGGCACCUGUCCCUGGGACACAGGCUUGUGUAGUGAUGGGUGCCAGUCAGGAUGGACAGGAGAGGAUUGUACCCAGAGUGUUGUGAGCAGUUUGUCUCCAGUCACAAGUAUGUCCCCAGCAGGAGCUGGCAUCAUUGGGUCUCUCACUAUGCUGGUGGUCUUGGUCAUGGUUGUAGGCGUGGUCUGUCUGUGGAGGAAGGGAGACUUCAGGAUAACCAAGAAUACACCAAGACAGAAUUCUAGAACACCCGAGACAAGCCCUGCCCCUCCUGUAGAACUCCCCACGUAUGAUGUCCUGCCUGAUCAAGACUACACCAAGCUAAACAGGGUCCACACGGAACAUUAUGAGACGUUACAGCCUACAGUUGAUUACCAGAACAGUGAUGUCCGCAUCUAGCUAGACAGGGUCCACACGGAACAUUAUGAGACGUUGCAGCCUACAGUUGAUUACCAGAGCAGUGAUGUCCGCAUCUAGCUAGACAGGGUCCACACGGAACAUUAUGAGGCGUUGCAGCCUACAGUUAAUUACCAGAACAGUGAUGUCCGCAUCUAGCCGGACAGGAACCACACGGAACAUUAUGAGGCGUUGCAGCCUACAGUUAAUUACCAGAACAGUGAUGUCCGCAUCUAGCUAGACAGGGUCCACACGGAACAUUAUGAGGCGUUAAAGCCUACAGUUAAUUACCAGAACAGUGAAGUCCGCAUCUAGCCGGACAGGAACCACACGGAACAUUAUGAGGCGUUACAGCCUACAGUUAUUUACCAGAACAGUGAUGUCCGCAUCUAGCCGGACAGGAACCACACGGAACAUUAUGAGGCGUUACAGCCUACAGUUAAUUACCAGAACAGUGAUGUCCGCAUCUAGCCGGACAGGAACCACACGGAACAUUAUGAGGCGUUAAAGCCUACAGUUAAUUACCAGAACAGUGAUGUCCGCAUCUAGCCGGACAGGAACCACACGGAACAUUAUGAGGCGUUACAGCCUACAGUUAAUUACCAGAACAGUGAUGUCCGCAUCUAGCUGGACAGGAACCACACGGAACAUUAUGAGGCGUUACAGCCUACAGUUAAUUACCAGAACAGUGAUGUCCGCAUCUAGCCGGACAGGAACCACACGGACAUUACAGCCUACAGUUGAUUACCAGAAUAGUGGUGUCCGCAUCUAGCUAGAAUUGUCCACUCAGAACAUUAUGAGACGUUACAGCCUACAGUUGAUUACUAGAACAGUGGUGUCCGCAUCUAGCUAGAAUUGUCCACUCAGAAUAUCAUGAGACGUUACAGCCUACAGUUGAUUACCAGAAUAGUGUGAUGUCCGCAUCUAGCCAGACAGGGUCCACACAGAACAGUAUGAGACGUUACAGCCUACAGUUGAUUACCAGAAUAGUGAUGUCCGCAUCUAGCCAGACAGGGUCCACAAUGAACAUUAUGAGACAUUACAGCCUACAGUUGAUUACCAGAAUAGUGAUGUCCGCAUCAAGCCAGACAGGGUCCACACAGAAUAGUAUGAGACGUUGCAGCCUACAGUUGAUUACCAGAACAGUGAUGUCCGCAUCUAGCCAGACAGGAUCCACACAGAAUAGUAUGAGACGUUACAGCCUACAGUUGAUUACCAGAACAGUGAUGUCCGCAUCUAGCCAGACAGGGUCCACACAGAACAUUAUGAGACGUUACAGCCUACAGUUGAUUACCAGAACAGUGAUGUCCGCAUCUAGCCAGACAGGGUCCACACAGAACAUUAUGAGACGUUACAGCCUACAGGUGAUUACCAGAACAGUGAUGUCCGCAUCUAGCCAGACAGGGUCCACACAGAAUAGUAUGAGACGUUACAGCCUACAGUUGAUUACCAGAACAGUGAUGUCCGCAUCUAGCCAGACAGGGUCCACACAGAACAUUAUGAGACGUUACAGCCUACAGUUGAUUACCAGAACAGUGAUGUCCGCAUCUAGCCAGACAGGGUCCACACAGAACAUUAUGAGACGUUACAGCCUACAGGUGAUUACCAGAACAGUGAUGUCCGCAUCUAGCUAGACAGGGUCCACACAGAACAUUAUGAGACGUUACAACCUACAGUUGAUUAUCAGAAUAGUGAUGUCCGCAUCUAGCUAGAGAGGGUCCACUCAGAACAUUAUGAGACGUUACAGCCUACAGUUGAUUACCAGAACAGUGAUGUCCGCAUCUAGCUGGACAGGAUUCACACGGAACAUUAUGAGACGUUACAGCCUACAGUUGAUUACCAGAACAGUGAUGUCCGCAUCUAGCUGGACAGGAUUCACACGGAACAUUAUGAGACGUUACAGCCUACAGUUAAUUACCAGAACAGUGAUGUCCGCAUCGAGCUAGACAGGGCCCACACAGAACAUUAUGAGACGUUACAGCCUACAGUUAAUUACCAGAACAGUGAUGUCCGCAUCGAGCUAGACAGGGCCCACACAGAACAUUAUGAGACGUUACAGCCUACAGUUAAUUACCAGAACAGUGAUGUCCGCAUCUAGCUAGACAGGGUCCACUCAGAACAUUAUGAGACGUUACAGCCUACAGUUGAUUUCCAGAACAGUGAUGUCCGCAUCUAGCCAGACAGGGUCCACAAUGAACAUUAUGAGACGUUACAGACUACAGUUGAUUACCAGAACAGUGAUGUCCGCAUCUAGCUAGACAGGGUCCACUCAGAACAUUAUGAGACGUUACAGCCUACAGGUGAUUACCAGAACAGUGAUGUCCGCAUCUAGCUAGACAGGGUCCACACAGAACAUUAUGAGACGUUACAACCUACAGUUGAUUAUCAGAAUAGUGAUGUCCGCAUCUAGCUAGAGAGGGUCCACUCAGAACAUUAUGAGACGUUACAGCCUACAGUUGAUUACCAGAACAGUGAUGUCCGCAUCUAGCUGGACAGGAUUCACACGGAACAUUAUGAGACGUUACAGCCUACAGUUGAUUACCAGAACAGUGAUGUCCGCAUCUAGCUGGACAGGAUUCACACGGAACAUUAUGAGACGUUACAGCCUACAGUUAAUUACCAGAACAGUGAUGUCCGCAUCGAGCUAGACAGGGCCCACACAGAACAUUAUGAGACGUUACAGCCUACAGUUAAUUACCAGAACAGUGAUGUCCGCAUCGAGCUAGACAGGGCCCACACAGAACAUUAUGAGACGUUACAGCCUACAGUUAAUUACCAGAACAGUGAUGUCCGCAUCUAGCUAGACAGGGUCCACUCAGAACAUUAUGAGACGUUACAGCCUACAGUUGAUUUCCAGAACAGUGAUGUCCGCAUCUAGCCAGACAGGGUCCACAAUGAACAUUAUGAGACGUUACAGACUACAGUUGAUUACCAGAACAGUGAUGUCCGCAUCUAGCUAGACAGGGUCCACUCAGAACAUUAUGAGAUGUUACAGCCUACAGUUGAUUACUUCAGAGGCCAAACUUUGUUGAUAAUUUUAACUUUAUAUAAUCUUUAUUAAAGUCACGAACGUGAUAAAAAACAUUAACGUCCUUGUACACAAAACAAUUAUGAUAUUAAAUUACAAAACAGUGUCGAAUAACGAAUUUAUGUACCAGAAUAUACAUGUGAAGUAUUUGAGGUGGGUGUUGGAAAAUCCAAAAUGGCUGUUACUGACGGUACGGUCUCCUAUUAGGUCAGUAACAACCAUCUUGGAUUUUUACUGACUGUAUAGGGGCUCAUAUGGGGUCAGUAGUUCUGCUUUCUGAUUGGUCAGUCUCACUUUGAGGCAUAAUAAAGAUAUAUACGAGUUCACCACGGGGAAUGAUGGUGUACAAAGUGUCGAUAUAUAUUUAUCCCUCACAUAUGUCGCAUAGUUAUUCCCAAUAACGGAUUGUAAAAUGAUCCUUCUUCAAACACUAUUGCAUUUUUCAGGUUCAUUUACGGUGUUGUAGGUAGUGUAAAUGAUGUGAUACAGAGUCGAAGCGUUCGGUGUAUAUGUCAGCAGAGGGCACGGGACACCUAGGCCUGUAAGUUGCUGAAGUUCAUUGUGAAGAGUUGCGUCCCUCAGGCGUACAGGAACCUAUGAUCAUGGGUUCGAAUCCUAGUAUCAGCCUGAUUAUAUUUCUGGGCUUGUCAACACCAUACUGGUGUUCGUGGGUUUCACCAAAAUGAUGAACGUCUCAGACCUGCAUCACCUGUUUUCUCCAGUGUAGUAUUCAGUUAUGGUAGCAUGGUUAUUGGUGAUGACCUAAGGUCAGAUUUUGACGGACUACUUUCCUCUUUGUAAGUAAUUGAUAAAACCUCUGUCUGUGUCGAACCUUUUCGGUUAUAGAGUGUUAAUAAAUGUUACUUAGAAGAAGAAGAAGAAGUCUUUUAUUUGUACUAAGGCCACUGGCCAAUAUACAAUACAU